AUGGAGACGGUCAGUCAUCCACUACCUCCCUGGUGCUCAGCCCUACCAUUGUUCCCUCUCAUUGUCCCCACUGGUAUCAAUGCAGACUCUCCCCUGGUUGAGGUCAGCACCGACCACCCCCUCGUCACCUCCAGACUCAGGUCGGGGAAGAAGGAGCUAACAUCUGCCCGUAGAGAAGGCCCGAAGCCGACAGAUGGACGGCAGCGCAGGGGGAGCGAGCUCCAGCCUCUGGCCAGGAAUUCUGGAGGGAAAGCUCCUCUGCGCUACAAGACCAUGACCAUCGUCUGGAUCUGCAUGGCCUUGGUGUCCGCCCUGGUCACCUCCAUGGCCAUCAUCAUCUGCAGGAAACGACACUGUGGUUACAGCAAAGCCUUCCAGGACUCUGAUGAGGAGAAGAUGCAUUACCAGAACGGUCACGUGUCGUUCCCCGACGCGAGGUUUUAUAUCGACCCGCACACAUACGAGGACCCCUGCCAGGCGGUCCACGAGUUCGCCCGAGAAAUUGAAGCUUCCAGGAUCAAAAUAGAGAAAAUCAUUGGCUCAGGUGAAUUUGGGGAGGUGUGUUAUGGACGUAUGAGACUCCCGGGGAAAAGAGACAUCCCAGUGGCGCUGAAGACCCUGAAGGCGGGAUACACGGAGAAACAAAAGAGGGACUUCCUGGCGGAGGCGUCCAUCAUGGCUCAGUUUGACCAUCCUAACGUCAUCCGCCUGGAGGGGGUAGUAACCCAAAGUCUUUACAAAAUGGGGUUAAAACAGGGUCACCGCGACUUCUGGGACUUCCGCCCUAUGUGCCUCUUUGUUUUCUCCCUGAAGGACCGCCUCCGCAGGUAG